AUGUGGAAUUCUUGUGAAUUCUUUGAUCCCAAAACUUCACCAUCUUCAACACAACUCAUCGAAUCAACUCCAAAUUUCUACGGUGCAUCAUCAUGGCAAUUCAAUGGAAUCAACGCUUUACGACCAACAAACAAGCCGAAGUCAGUACAAGUUAUUCGGCCCGGAGUUUAUCGAAUUUUCGAAAAUCCUCCAAAUUUAUGGAAGCAAAUCCGCGCGCCAGUUCCUCAGCAAAUCGCCCAACCAGCGUCACCGAAAUACCCAAUAUACACAGAUAAUUCACAGAAGAGGGUUCAAGGGCAAUGUACAAUUAAUUCGGACAAUAAUCAGGAUUACUUCAGGAUCAGAAGUAAUAUCGACAUGUAUAACGAGAUGUAUUAUAACAUGUUGAGGAGUUUCCCAACCGCGCUAAAAGUGUCAGAAAUCUCGAAGGCCCAACCGGUUAAUAGAAACCCACAAAUGCUAACAGAAUUUUUAAAGACAUUCUCACAGCUGGAUAAUGUUCAGCUAAAUUGUAGUGAUAUUGAACUCAUUAAUAAUCCGGAUCAACGAUAUCCCUACACAUUGGAAAACUUACAAUCCAGUUGCCGUGAAUAUCAAUUCGUAGCAUCACAGUUUAGUAGCACCAACAAAAGUUUCUACACGAUCCAGAGUAUUCACAAAGUUUUCAAUCCGUAUUUAAUCUUGCAAUAUAAAUUGAAGCGCUUAGAACUGGAAUAUAACGAGAAAAAAAAACCAGUACAAGUAUUAUUGUUUCAUGGCACCCCCGCAAGUAAUUUGGACAAUAUUUGCAAACUAAAUUUUAACUGGAGAUUACCAGGAAGACACAAAAACGAGCUCGGCCAGGCAGUAUAUUUUGCAACGAACGCAUACUAUGCGACCCAUUAUGGAGACGAUGGACCAAAUAAAGUAAUGAUCGUUGCCAAGGUUUUAAUCGGGGGAUACAACAAAGGUUCAAGAUAUACGGCCUAUCCAAUGCUUGGCAACGACGCCUGUUCGUGUCAUCGAACGCCACCGCAAGUAUUCGCUAAAUACGACGACAAUAGUUUUUACCCAGCUUACAUUAUACGCUAUCACGGUGUAGACUUUAAGAAGCAACAACAAAUGCAUUAA